UUUCUUCCCUCUCCUCUCUGGUUUUGGUUGUGUUUUAUGCGUGUUUCCUUUUUCCUAACAAUCAAAUCUCUCUACCCUUUUCUCUUCUUUCUUCUUUAUUUGUUUCCAACUUAACAAAAACUUCAAGCAAGCUUCUUUCUCUCAUAUAUAUACAUUACACAAAAUUUCUCUCAUUAUUCCGAUUUCUUGGUCUUCUUCUUUCUUCUGCAGUUGUAAUUUUCUGAGAAUAAUAAAGUAAGGAAGGAAGCAAAUCUAAAGGUUUUGUUUGACAAUGGCUGAGGAGAAUACUUCAGAGGUCAAAGAGAUUGGGAAUUCUUGGGAUACAAAUACUCCGGAUAUGUCUGAAGAGGUUUCUGUGGAAACGUUACAUGUAACGGAUGUGGGGAAUGUGGAAGAUGUUGCAUCUGUAAUAUCCAAGGAUCAAGAAGAAAUUAUACCAGUGAUCAAUGAAGUAACUAAGCCACAAGGUGCUACUAUGAGACGCUACUCGACUGGAACAAUAGGCACACGACCAAGUAAACCGCAGGUUCAGUCUCGUUAUCGUGGGAACCAUCGUGUGAGUUCGAUUCAUGAUUUAUGUAAACAUGGGAAGAGGUUUGAUCAUCAAGAUGAUGCUGUGAAACCGUGGAAGAUGGUUAGGAUAAAGAGUGUUGAAGGCUCAGAUGAUGUGAUCAAAGUUGAGACUUCAAGUUUGACAAGGAAGUCGUUGGGAAGUGUGAGUAGGCAGAUUCCUGGUACCAAACCUGAGAGUUCUGUGGCUGCAAAAAGAGAUACAUUGGCUGUGAAAAGAAAACCAUGUGCUUCUGGGAAUUCAGAAUCUAGCUCCAAAGAUGGUAGUGACCUUGCGAGAUCAGUUGAUGGUUCGAGCGUUAAAAGCAGUGAUAGAGCUCGGAGAAAUAAAGAAACCGAGAGUACUCUGAGUGGUGGUUCAUCUUCUGUUGUUAAAAAGGUUCCUGGCUUGAGAAAUGAGAAGUCGAAUGCUGCUAUGGUGAAGGUUUCAAAGGUCAGUGGCGCUGGAAGUUCUAAGGUUUCUGCUCCAAAGAAUAUGGAGAAGGCAAAGACACAGGCAGUUAACAGUGAAGAUGUAAAAGAGAAGACUGUGUGUGUUGUUGAGUCUAGCGUCAAAGGUGUUCAGAGUGAGAAGAAAACCAUGGGAAGUGGAAAUAAAAGCUUGACUACUCCUAAACGUGGUUCUAGUCCUACUAAACAGAUUCCUGGCACGAUCAGUACUGGUUUGAUUACUAAGAAAAAAGAAACUGGUUCUGCAGACCUUAAAGCAAAUCCAAAAACAGAGAAGAAGAUUAGGGUUAAGAAGACAGGAGUAAAGGUGACUCUAGCUCAACAGCUGACUUUCAAGAAAGGAAAGGUUCUUGAGCCUAAAUCCGAAGAUUCUUCUCCUAAAUGGACCAAGUUCAAAAAGAGGGUUGUGCAGGAGCUGAAAACACAAACCGAAGGAAAGAAGAAGAGUCUUAAAGAUAAAAGAUUGGGUGUUGAGACGAAGAACGAAUCUUGUGAAAGUAGUAAACGUGAGAAGGUUGUUCUGAGGCAUCGGAAAGUAGAAGGGAAGAAGAAAAUGGUGACAUUGUUUAACAAUGUGAUUGAAGAGACAGUGAAUAAGCUCAUAAAGGUGAGGAAGAACAAAGUGAAAGCUCUCAUAGGUGCUUUUGAAACUGUUAUCUCUCUUCAGGACACUUAUAAGACAUCUCACAAAAAGUCAAACCAAGGCCACAACAUCUGCGUCUAAGGUUAGACCUUUGGUUUCCGAAGAGUGAAAGAAAGAAGACAAAUUUUUCUAUUUGUGCAUAAUGAUCUAUUAACAUUCAAUACUAAAAAGAGAACAGGUAUUUUUAUUUUAGAGAGACAGAAUAAUAUUCUUGUUACUGUCCUAAAAAUAGCAAAAGAGUUUAUUAUGCACUUUGACCAUUAUUGAUAUUGAUAUCAGACGAUGAUGAAGUUGUAAAGCUUUCAAGUUUAUAUUUUUGCAAGUCUUUUUUUCUGCAUA